ACGCCUCUCGGUCAGACCUGCUCCGUCUCCUCCCUGUUUCCACACCCCGUCUCCAGAGUUCAAACGCUCCGUCAGCAGUCCUAGUGCUCCUGAGUGCUCGCUGCGACCCUUGUUCGGCUCUCCUGGCUGACGUCCCGGGGAGGUUAUGCGACGGUUUCUCUACUGUAAGGUGGUGCUGACCACCUCUCUGGUGUGGGUGCUGGUGGAUGUGUUCUUGCUGCUCUAUUUCAGCGAGUGUAACAAAUGUGAUGACAGGAAAGACCGCUCGCUGCUCCCGGCCCUGCGAGCGGCGAUAUCUCGGAGCCACGAGGGACCAGGCGAAAUGGGCAAGGCAGUAAACAUUCCCAAGAACGACCAGGAGAAAAUGAAGGAGCUCUUUAAGAUUAACCAGUUCAACCUGAUGGCCAGCGACAUGAUCGCACUCAACAGGAGUCUGCCUGACGUGAGGCUGGACGGCUGUAAGACCAAGCUGUACCCAGACGACCUGCCGAACACCAGCAUUGUCAUCGUGUUUCACAACGAGGCGUGGAGCACCCUGCUGCGGACGGUUCACAGUGUCAUCAACCGCUCGCCCAGACAGCUGCUGGCGGAGAUCGUGCUUGUGGACGACGCCAGUGAGCGAGACUUCCUGAAGAAGAAGCUGGAGAACUAUGUGCGCACUCUGGAGGUGCCGGUGAGGAUCCUGAGGAUGGAGCAGCGUUCAGGUCUGAUCAGAGCCAGGCUCAGGGGAGCGGCCGCUACCAAAGGUCAGGUCAUCACCUUCCUGGACGCUCACUGCGAGUGUACUGUGGGCUGGCUGGAGCCCCUGCUGGCACGCAUCAAAGAAGACAGGACAGCAGUGGUGUGCCCUAUCAUCGAUGUCAUCAGCGACGAGACGUUUGAAUACAUGGCAGGCUCAGAUAUGACCUAUGGUGGAUUCAACUGGAAGCUGAAUUUCCGCUGGUACCCUGUUCCCCAGCGGGAGAUGGACCGGCGCAAGGGGGACAGAACACUGCCUGUCAGGACUCCCACCAUGGCAGGAGGAUUAUUCUGUAUAUACAAAACAUACUUUGAAGAAAUAGGAAGCUACGAUCCAGGGAUGGAUAUCUGGGGCGGAGAGAACCUGGAAAUGUCUUUCAGAAUCUGGCAGUGUGGGGGCUCAUUAGAAAUUGUAACAUGUUCACACGUGGGCCAUGUUUUCCGGAAGGCCACCCCAUACAGUUUUCCCGGAGGAACGGGCCAAGUCAUCAACAAGAACAACAGGCGCCUGGCGGAAGUAUGGAUGGAUGAUUUCAAAGAUUUCUUCUACAUCAUAUCGCCAGGCGUGAUGCGUGUGGACUACGGAGACGUUUCCUCCCGCAGAGACCUUCGCGAGGCCUUGAAGUGCAAACCGUUUUCCUGGUAUCUAGAGAACAUCUACCCAGACUCCCAGAUCCCGAGGAGAUACUACUCACUUGGUGAAAUCAGAAAUGUUGAGACCAACCAGUGUGUGGACAACAUGGGAAGAAAGGAGAACGAGAAAGUUGGCUUUUUCAACUGUCAUGGCAUGGGUGGAAACCAGAGGCCUCUUGUUUUUCAGGUGUUUUCUUACACGGCGGAUAAAGAAAUAAGGACAGACGACCUUUGUUUGGACGUAUCCCGCCUCAAUGGACCCGUCGUCAUGCUCAAGUGUCACCACAUGAAGGGCAAUCAGAUGUUCGAGUACGAUGCCGAGCUACUCACCCUGCUGCACGUGAACAGCAACCAGUGUUUGGACAUGCCGUCAGAGGAGGACAAGAUGGUCCCCACCCUGAAAGACUGCAACGGCAGCCGCUCUCAGCAGUGGCUGCUCCGAAACAUGACCCUGAGUGUCUGACCCCUGUCUCACCUUCCCCCCCCUGCUGCUCUGCCCUUAUCCUAACCAGCCAUGGCUCUCCUCACCCCCGCCAGGUGGCUCCUACCACAACACAACAUACGCCUCUUCCUGUAUAAACAAAUACAGAGAUCCAGGCAUCAGCGGCUUAUCUUCCAUUAUGGGGUCGUUUCCUUUCACAGCUAGCCGCAGGUGUCAGAGAAGCUGCACCUGCCGGUAAGGCGACAUGACGAGCCACGACUUUGGAGACCUCAUCAGGUCCAAGCCGGGAGAAAAGCUGUGUGAGGUCUGUGCAUGGAGAACAUUUGCGUCAAAGCACUCACACUGUGUCAAGACAGCUGCUAGCCUUGGGUCCACUGUGCUGCUCAGACUUAGCUUAGCUGUUGGACCAAAACAGAAAUAGAAAAGCAUUUAAAACAAGAAUCUAGCAAGGCACGUCUCUCUGAUGCACUGUAAAUGAAAUGACCUUCCUUGUGCUUUGUUCAAGACUGUUUCCAUGACUGCUGCUCAUUCUCUCUUCAUAUCAGUGUCUGAGGUACAUUCAAUAACAGAACGUGAUGUGGUUUAUAGAGCCGGGACCAAUACUGGAUUUGAGGAGUUGAAACCUAUCUUGAUAUUUGAGGGUUAAAGAAUCCAAUAAUGCCGUUGUGCAUUAAUAUUUGGUUUUAAAGUCGAGCUGAAAUUUGAAUUCUCAUCGUGAUGCAAGGACAUUACAUCAUAUAACUAUAUAAGGAUACUACAGCUUUUGUGUAUAUUUUUUCAUUUUAUAAAAAGAGGUAAAUAUUCUGGGGACAUACAUUUGUAGAAAUAUUGCGUAGCUUGCAGGCUCUGGACGGGUGUGUCCCACGACAGCUGGGCACUGACAUUUGAGGGCCGGUAUCACACCUUCAGCAUCCAUGGGUGUGAGGAACUUCAUAAUUGUUUUUUUCAAAGAAGUUAAAAGUCAAACGAACACAAAGGAUACAUUUAAAAACAGUAUUAUUUUAGUUUGACUUUAAACUAAUGAAAAAAACGUUUUUUCAGCAUCCUUAAAUUAGGUUAUCUACUAAACAAACAAGGUUUACUUAUCAGUGCUCUCUAGUGUGCAUUACUAAAAUACCUCAAACAUAUCUUUUGAAUUUCAUACCCCGAUUUCCUCUUAUAAGCUGUCAAAUAGGCGUAUAAUAACAUAUGGGUGAUUAGCUGAUAUCGGAGCCUUUUUUGGUGUUUCCUAUAAGAUAAGAAAAACCUUUUUUUCCAUUACAUUACAUGACAUCUGGCAACAUAGUAUAAAACAGGCAGUAAGAGUCAGAUCAAAAUACCUUAGGUGAAUCUCUUAAAAUUACAAAAAUUAUUAAGCUUAAGAUUUUUAAACCGUCUUAAAUUUAAGAGAAUGCAACACAAGUGUAGCUAUAACAUCCUCCCAGGUUAAUCAAAAGGUUCAAUUUAAGUGAAAUGGGAACCACAAUAUGAAGAUGUGAAGCAGCACUUUGGGUUGGUUCGAAGUACAUUAAUUAAGAGUACAGUAUUAGAGACUCUGCUAUGAGUAGGAUAUACAUAAUUGUUUUUUGACUGAAUGUAAAUUUCCCCUAAAUGGUAACGACUGAGUUCUGAAACACUGUAACGACUCUGUGUUAUCACAGCUAUCUGGGAAUGUCAUUACUAAAGUUUUCAGAUUCCUGCUCCCAAAAUCCUGAGGAAUCAUGAUGUCUUGGAGCAGGAUAGUUGCGUGUGCCUUUAGAAAGUUGUUUCAGUUAUUGGAUCAUUUGUUUCAGAAAACAUUUGAUUUACUUUGGUGAUUAAACAAAAAGAAUGUCAAAUAUUUUUCUUAAUUUCUUGCAAAAAUUGAUAUUAAAUAACUGUCAUAUCUCAUGAAUACGUCACCUUCAUAUUAAUGCUCGAUCAAUAAUUUAGUAAAAGUAUAGUCAAAACGUUUAAAAUGUGCAAAUGUAGUUUUUCACUACAUUUUUGAUAAGGAUCAGGCAACAAAUGCUAUUGUAUAAUACUGUUAACAUGUUUCUAUCACCAUUGUUGUUGUUGUUGUUGUACAUACAGAACCAAUUAUUUUUCUAAGAUACGGUUAAACUUGAACACUCCUCUGAGAAAAAAAAAUUGAAUGGUUCAAAGAUCACAAGGUAUUGCUGUGCUUUAUUUGGAGUAUGGUAAUAAAAAAACAGUGCUUACCUAUCGAAAUUGCGGUGUGUUUUGGAAAUAAUGGUCGGACUACCAAAGCCAAAUCCUCAGACCACCUGAAGGGCGUCAGGCAAACGGACAUGAGGGGUCACCUAAUGGGGAAAUACUAUCAAUGCUGUUCGAAUACUGAGUCUUUGCCAAGUACCUGCUUGGCAUCUAGACUAAAAUUCAAUCAACUCUUUUAGAUUACACGGAUACAUUUAUUGUUUUUCAUUAUCUCAAAGUGCAUGGUGUUAAAAUAGGACUGUAUUGUUUCAAUGUACUGGUUGCAAAGUGAUGUUACCUGUUUGUACAUUUUGCCUUUUUGUAAAAAAAGACUUAACAUAGAUUUUUUCAUUAAUAUCAGUUUCAAGCAGGCACGUCUCACUAAAUACAUGAGUUGUUUAAUAAACCUUGUUCUUGAAGCUUUUAAGACCCCGUAAAUCUCAUUACCAGUUUUGAGUGUGGGGUUUUUUAUAGGUUAUUAAUUGCAGCCUCUCCUCCAUGGUUAACCUUAAUAGUAGCAUACAAAACAACUACAUUGUAUAAGAUGCUACCUUCCCCUUUUGUUCAGUAUUUGUAAAGGUACUGGCCAUUGCCAGCUAAUGAAGGUUCUUCUGAGACAUUAUAAUGUACAUGUUAUUGAGGAAGGCAUGACCUUUCAUACUCUGGCUUUGUUCAAAUGUAAGAGGCAUAAUUCUCUUGAAUGCAGGACACUGCCGCCCUUCUUGGUUACUGUUGCUAUAGGUCUUUCAAGCUUUUGCAAUUGACAGGUCAAUAAGGUGUUUUUUUUUUAUGUCAGUGAGAGGUAUUUGAAGGGAAAUAAUAGCACCUUUCUGUAAUAAAAGAUCUGAAAUAUCAGAUGCAAAAAGGCAGAAAAGGACUCCAAUUUCCAUUUAAUACUAUAAUGUUUAGUUGAGUAUUGUUAAUGAAGUGGACAUUUAAAUUGAGGGGAAAGCCUGCUGGUGCCAAUGCAAGCCUCCUUCUCUAAACUAAAAAGUCCAAAACCCUAAUAUUUAACAAAUAAUAAAGGCCAAAAAGAAAAAGGCACGCAUAUUCAGACUAAUAUUUGUUAUUGUUGCUUGGUAAAUGACUUUAUGUGUUGAUUAAUUUCUCUCCAUGGAUGAUUGAUUGAAGGCACAUUUUGACAUUUAGAGAAAAAACAUUCUUGCCGGGAACUAACAUGUCUGUAGGCCUACUGUACCUACAAUGUCAAAUUACAAGCCACAACUGAUUAGCUUAGUUAAGCAUAAAGAUGGGCAACAGCUGUAACACCUUGCCUCUGUUAAAAUCCAUGCUGUGAAAAAAUUGAUAUUGCAAAGGUUAUAUUUUUUCUUUCUAACCUGUACUAAAACCUAAAACCAAGUGUGAAACAACACAUUCCGGUCUUUAAGCAGAGCUAACUUGUUUCUUAAAAUGACGACUUUUAAUAUUUAAUCAAAUAUAAACACUACAUAAAAGUAAGUAUAUACUAUAAUAUAAUAUUAUGUCAUUUGUUUGGUUUAUGGUAAAUAUAUAGAAGCAU